ACAUUCAGACAUUUCGAAAAAUUGUUGAAGCUUCGGCCGUGUGUGUUUCCAAAAAGACUUUUCCACCACACCAAGCUAACACUUCGGUCCCUACACUUGUGCUCUAAUCGCAUGGAGCCCCAAUCGGUAUUGAAUCAUUUUUCCACCGAAUAAUUCCCUCUUCUUUUGCAUUUUAAAUUAAAAAAACAGUGCUGUGUGCAUUUUGCAUCACAUUAAGGGAAGUUGAAGUAUACAAAAAAUAAAAGUUUCAAAAGAACAAAAUAAAAGUUAAAUAGAACACAAUUAUUUUUUCAAAAGUGUGUGUGCUGUGUGAAUAGAUUUUUUUGCUGCAUGUACUUCUUAAAUAUAAAUAUAUAAUCUAAUCUUUUUGAGAAAAUAAAAAAGAAAAGGGAACACGAAAGAACGCAAUUCUUUUGAAAAAGAGAGAGAGACACAAGAAGAAAAACAAGUGAAGACUUCUAGAAUUUGUCCUACGACUUAUCUAGUGGAGGUACGCACGACAAAAAAAAUCUUCUGGAAGAUUUUUUGUCUAUGAAGGAACAUUGGGGUUUUAUUGAGGUUCUCAAAAGCACAAAAAAGGCGUGAAUGUCACGAGAAAUCUUCCAUUUGGAAGAAUUCAAUAAAAUCUAUCUGUAAAUGUUCAAAACAAGUGGAUAGAAGUGUGUGUUGCGCGAUUUAUUCUUUUGCCUUCGGACGGUUUUUCUUCACGGUCCCCAAUACAGACGAAGACGAAAGGAAUUCUUUUCAUAUUUUUCUGCUGAAUUCUACUGCUGCAGACACCAAGAAGGGGGAGGGUACAUAGAGGAAAGCAAGAAAAAAAGCCAUCCAAAGUCUCGGCGAAUUUUUCAACACACUGAAACUCCUCUAUAUGAAGAACUUUUGCAAAGACAUCAGAGAAGAAAUUAAGUAGUGCGCACAAGAGCUCCAUCAGGGAUCUCGGGAAAGAAGAAAGGAAGAAAAAAAGGGAAGAGAACUUUGACUGGAAUAAAAAAAAAACGAAUAGAAAUCUACGAUAAAAUGCUUGCUCAGCAAUACUGUCUCAAGUGGAAGUACCACCACACUAAUUUGCAGACAAUGUUCUCGCAGCUCCUGGAUCGUGGAUGCUUCUGCGAUGUAACGCUAGCAUGUGAGGGACAAACCCUUAAGGCCCACCGAGUUGUUCUCUGCGCAUGCAGCACCUAUUUUGAUGCCAUCCUCACAAAUUGCGGUAUCGAGAAAGAUCCCAUUGUCAUCAUGAAAGAUGCAAAAUUCGCCGACAUUAAAUGUCUCAUUGAAUUCAUGUACAAAGGAGAAAUUAAUGUUGAACAUGCAAAUUUGGCAUCACUCCUGAAGACAGCUGAAGAGCUCAAGAUCAAAGGUCUAGCCGAAGUGUCGUGGCGUGAAGAUGAUCAAGCACAAGAGAGGCCAAAUGAGGGGAGAUCCAGGGAUGUAAAGCACCCACCACAUCCAAGUGAAUCCGUGGAGAAUAAUCAGAAUGACAGUAACAGCCAACAGAUACCCUUCCUCACACCCCUGCGAUCAUUCAAUCAGCAAAAUGGAAAGAAGAACGGCCUGCCGGCAAAGAGGAAACGCGGACGUCCGCCACUUGAUGGGGAAUUCGAGAACUACAGCACACCAAAAAUAUCGCACGUUGAAAGCCAAGCACCAGUCGCAUACCCGGAUAGUUCACACCUUGUUUCCGUCAUGAUGGACGAGGAUAAUUCCAAGGAUCUCAUGGCACAGAGCUAUCAGGAAGCCGAUGGUGGACUAACAUCUCAAAUUGACUAUGAUGACGAAGCUCCAAUGGGGGCUAAUUUUGUGCCAAAAAAGGAGAGACCAGAAACUCCCGCGGACUACGUAGUGCCAGGCGAUGGUGAAAUGGAUGACGAGGAUGAGGGUGAUGAGGAUGUCGAAUCAAAUCCAAAUAGUCCAGGUGGGAGUGGAAAUUCCCAUCAUCAUGUAACCCUAACGGCACAGGAACGAGCUGAAUGGCGCGAUGUGAUAAAGAUGAGCGAAUAUCUCAAACAGGGCAGACGACAACAAUUCUGGGAGGAAACCUUCACAAAACGCGUAAUGGAUGCAAUUAAAUCGAAAAAUUUGGAAAUGAAAAAGGCCGCACAACUUCUUGGCGUUUCCUACGGAACACUAUAUGGGCGAUACCGAGAAACCUACGGAUGCCUCAAGCAUCCGUACAGGGGACCUUUUACGAGAAUGAUAGAUAUGUGGCAACAUGUUGAACAAGGAACAGCAGAUAUUAUAGGCAUUUUACAGAGAACUAUGCCACGAGAUAGUACACCCACUGAUUUUCUUCCUUCAAAUCCAACACCCAAACUUCUAGAUCAAAAACCAAAGCUCCAUAUAAAUGAGCUAAAUUCAUCAUAUGACCAACCUGGAGAGUAAAACUCCACAUUAUAAUCUUUCUUAUUAAAUUCACACACACAUUAGGUAACCUUUUAGUAUAAAUAAAAAUAUAUUACUUAAAGAAAAAAAAACAAGAAUAAUGAAAUACAAAACAAUUGACUGAUAAACAAAAUGUAAAACAAAAAACACGUUGUCUUAGUACGAGGCGAGUAUUUUUAAUAUAUAAAUUAUAAAUUACAAAAAAAAGUAUUUUGUAGAGAUGGAAAAGCAAAGAGAAAACACUGUAAAUAGGAUUAAAAAUAAAAGAAUAAUUUAAUUUUUUUUUUCCUCUCUGGAAUAAAAGAUGAUGGAGAAAAAAAUGGAGACAACUUAGUUGGAAUUUGCGAUAAAAAAAGUAUAUAUAUAUUUAUUAGAAGUUAUACAAUAUAAACAUAAAUUAUAAUUAGUGUAUACUCGCUAAAUUUUAAUCAUGAAACUUGGAUAGUUUUUCUUCCUAUGUUUAGUCGUAUAAAAAUUUUAAUUUAUUUUUCAAUUAGUUAUGUUUUUUAUUUUAGUGAAUUUCACAAUAAAAUAUGAUACUGAAGGAAAAGUA